AUGAUCUUAGCUCAAGCCAGCUUCAAACCAUUGAUUACCAGCUUUCAAGCCAAGCCAAGCCUCGGUGUCUGGAAAGCCGAUCCAUCAGCUGAGCUUAGCCAUUUCCAGCUCAGCUCAACCGGCUUAGCCGUUAUAUGGUCUACGGGUAUGCAGUUAGCUGGAAGCCACCCGCAAUGCACGAUCUUCCUAAAAGCUUACCAAAGAAUUCAACAUCAACCUCGAGGAAAGGCUUCCGGGUUCUGGGAUGCAAUGCGUUCUUGGUUCCAACAACACGGCUACGACCUCUACACGUAUCGCAUAGGAAAAAGCGGUCAAACCUCACAUACAUACCCCCAAAAAGAAUUCAAAGGCGUUCAGGAAUGGCCUUUUGCUCAUCUUGGAGGUGACAGGCCAGAUGAUGAAAUCCCCGACUUUGCUUCGUGGGCCGGUUUCAAUGCGAUUUCGCCUCCAGUCUUCAUUAUUCUGCAUCUUACUAAUGAUACUAGGGACGUGUACAAUUUGCCCAAGAUUCUCAAGGCCGACACGUCGCUAUCAAAUACUGAUGCUUACAAGGGACUCGCAUUCUUGCACGAACACCGAAUCUUUCAUCGCGUGGACAUCACCUGGCUAAACGCCCUCAUAAAUCAUCUUCCCAACCGCGACAUCAUAGGUCUCAAGACAAACCCUAUCCGGAAACAACUUCGGGCAGAGGGUCGUUUAUCAUAUGCCCUCUUUGAUUUCAAUCUCUCGAUAAUGUUGCCCCUUGGCAAACCACUACUAUCAUACCUAUUGCCCAUAGAAGAGUUACGUGAACCAAGGUACGACUUCACAUAUAUCGAAGUCUGUCUACGAGAGACUAUAGAAGAGUGCAUCCCAGGGGUACCCGAUAAGCCGUGGGGCGUAAUAUGGGAGUCUGAGUUAGACUUCAAUCCUUUUGCAUACGAUGUAGGGCGCCUCGGUGUUCGUUUUGCUGAUAGCUUCCAGUACUUUACCCCCCUGAUACCCAUGCUAGCGCCCCUCUUGGACGGAAUGCUCACUUCGGAUAUCGAAAAACGAUUCACAGCUGCAGAAGGUUUCUCCUUCCUCGAAACUUUCCAUAGUCAACUCGAUUCAGAAACAUUGGCUCAACAACCGAUUGCUCGAUCCCUCGUGACUUGGAAACAUUGGGACCGUUGGAAGGGCUUGCCAGAUGAGUUUGUUCCCCUCUUUUCGGACACGAUUUGUGAGGAAGUUGCGUUUUUGAGGAAGAUGGAUAGGAGAUUCAGGGCGGUCUUUGCUGUUACUGAGUGA